AUGUCGCAAUCCGACUUGAAACGAAAACGAGCCCGAAUUGCAUGUGAACCAUGCCGGGAGCGCAAAAGAAAAUGCGACGGCGUCGAGCCUUGUAGUACUUGCCGUCAAUGGGGCUACAAUUGCCACUACGAACAUCAGACACGACGGAAGCAUCAUGCUCCCCAACAAGAGCCCCCAAGAGACAUUCCCCCAACGCCAAAGCCUCCACAGCAGAUUGACUCAGUGGAUACGCAUGGACUGGAUCGUCGAUUGUGGGCAAACUCCGGCGCUGCAUUUGUUCGGAGGAUGGGCCUGAAUAUCGAUCCUGCUAAAGCACCAAAACUCAGCCUCUUUGGUUGGAAUAUUGGAAAGCGACAACUGUCAUCUGAGUCUCAGAUUGUCCAUCCUGUGCUGUCAAUCACGGAUAUCACAUCCCUUGAACACAUGAAGACCCUCGCUCAGAUCUACUUUGCCAAGAUUGGUCCAUGCUAUGGAUUUAUUGACUCUUCUCAAUUUUUUGAGCGACUGGAUGCUAGGUGGAAGUCUCCCAUGGUUAGUGGUCUAUAUGACAGUGUUCUCGGUGGCGUCGCUGCACUAGGUUGUUUGUUUUCCCAACGAAACAUGACAAUCACCGAAUUACAUCUCGUCGGAUCCACACUUUCUAUUCUCGACACGCACGUUCUGUGUGGUGUUCCUCCGGUGGACCUUCUCACUGGGUGGAUGUUACGAGUCAUCUAUAUGCGGAUGACAGAUCUGCCCCACUCAACAUGGAUGGCGAGUUCGAAGUUGAUGCAUCUAGUGGAAGCUGCGGGAUUUCACCUAGAGUCCACCGAUUCAGUCUUUCCACGCAGUAUUGACACAGAGUUUGAUCCAAACCCCCAAAGACGACUCUUCGGCGUGGCACUACAUCUUAAUUUGUGGACUUCCUAUGAUCUCGGCUUAUCAAGAGUAACCUUCCAAAAGAAUGAUUUGCCAUUGCUUCCAUCAACCAUCGAGGGUGAUUACACAGAUGAGUUGCUGGGACUUCUUCCAUUAUCGGCAAGCCUAGACCCAGGAAAGCCAACCGAAGAUGAGAUGAAACUCGAAGAAACGCUUGCCCAGAUCCUAAAAAGAGUUCAUAAUGAGCCUCCCUCGGCCAUGGCGCAAUGCAAUCUUGUACUUUGCAUUCUGCGCAGAAUCCACACACAGAACCUUGAAAUAUCCCCUCGCCUCGCAGAAAAAGGCUUAGCGUUGCUAAAAAAGGGACUUGGUUGCUCACGCACUAUGGUCAGAGACUGCAGCCCCUGGCAACACAUGGCAAACGUACCUUUCCACAUCAUUUGUGUCUUGCUAGUUAUGGAUACACGGCAAUCAUUAGCGAUGCUUCCCGAAGCAAUGCAGACAUUGAAGCUCGUUGCAUCCACUUAUGAUACAAACACCAUGAGAGAAGCCUGGAGUGCUGCCCUCUUGCUAGUUAUGCUUCAUCAACAGCGAAGGAAAGAUGACCUUGCGAUUUUCAAUGACAUAAUGAACAUGGAAGAACAAGAAAGUCCAGCUGGACGAACCCUGCAAGAAUUCCCAAGCGCCGAAGAGUAUUCAUGGCUAGGGGCUUUGGUCUCUGAUCUGCCUGGUUUGCAAAGGGAUGACCUUGAUCAAUUUCUGAAUGCGGAUAUGAUUGAUACUUCAAGUUUCUUGGGUGGAUCUGGAUGA